GCACAUUGUCAGUAGACUCCUGCUCCUAGUUACAUACAUGAUAAUUACAGCGAGAGUCGCAGAUACCACGCCCUCUGAGCAACCCCAUCAACCAAAGCAAACAAGUUCAUCACACCUAAUGCUCGCUGACAUGAAGAAAAAACGUGACACCGAAUCAUAUGCUCGCUUUAAAACCCCUGACAGAUUUAGGUCAUUGUAGCAAAACAUCCACAUAAGGGCAAGGUGUAGUGCGAUAGAAACGUCACUCGAAAGCUGUAAGACAGAAGGCAGGGGAAGAAUCGAAUGAUUAUCGGGAUUUAUAACAUGGAAGAA